GAGCUGAAGGCUGGUUGUCAUUCACUUCCCUCUUCUUCUUCGUCUCCAAAACCUUCUCACUUCUCUACUCUACACAAACUGACUCUAUCCGCAUACCCACUUUUGAUAAUGACUACUCAAUCAAAACCCUAAUUCUCCAGUUUUCCGAGGACGAUGGUGAGCUUGCUCCACAAUGAUUCACUCGUGAAUUCUACACAAUCCAACUUCCAAAUUCUCGAUGGAACCAAAGACCCAAUCAAUUCCCUCAUCAUCAUCAUCAUCAUCAUCAUCAUCAUCAUCAUCAUCAUCAUCAUCAUUGGCAUCGGAGAAAGUGAAGGUGAUACAAUGGGAAGAUUUCGAUCAAGAGCUCGCGCGUCUCUUGAGCCUCUCGUCCGCCCUCACCGAAGCCAAGCAGAACAAGUUGUUUCUUCAACAGAAAUUGGAGUCCCUCGUGCAGGUAGAAGCAGAGUCAUUAGGUUGGUCAAAUGAGCUUGAUGAGAUGCGAGAAAAAUUGGAGUCUCGCAAAUUGGUUAUGGGAAACAUGUCAAUGCAUUCUAAGAUCAUGAAAGAGAAAGUUAAAAGGCAAGAGGAGCAACUAGGUAACGAAAUUAAAUCGCUGUUGGUUGCUGGGACUGUUCUUUCGGUAGCUUCUAAGAGCUUGCAGGAAGCAAAUAGGUCACUUGCUGGAGAAAAAGGUUAUGUUCAUCUCAAAAACUUGCAGAAGUUGCUGAGAGUGAGGCAACAAUAUAUGGUGGCACAAGUUUCACUGCUAUAUCCUGUGAAGGUUGUGAUAGACCAUGCACAGGAGCACGAACUUGAAUCAUUUACCAGAAGUUGUAGAUCAGUUGCAGGGAAUUCUGAUGGGUCAAAACAUUUUGAUCAAGGAUCCUUGACUAUUUCAGGUCUGCAUCUGACUGUGCUCCCUUUUGCAAAGACGAGUUUUUUCACUGAUAAGAAGGAAGUUCAGAGAUCUGCAGCUGCACUGGGAUAUGUCGCACAUGUGGGUUCUUUCUCUUUGCUUGACAUAAAAUUAUCCACUAUCAAAGAGCAUCUGACAUCUUUUGUUUUACAACUGAUGCGUCUUGAGGCCGUUUCACUUAUUGCUUCCGACUUGGGAAUUCCUUUGCGUUAUCCUUUAAGAGUAGGAGGUUCUCGAUCAUAUAUUCGUGACCAUGCACCUUCAAUGGAACCUGCAUCAUCUGAUUUGGCAUCCAUAUCAUCAGUUUCCAUGAGUAUGAAGCGGAUAGAAUUUCCUCUCUUUCUACAAGGGCAAGACUCGAUGCGAGCAGCCUAUGCUGUAUUCUUGCUAAACAAGGAUCUAGAGCAGCUUUUGAAUUUCGUUGGCGUUAACAGUUUAGGGCCGCGGCAUGUACUGGCUAAUUUGAAGGAGCUCCUAAGGACCAUUCUCUCUCGAGAAUACAUCGAUACAUGAUCUGCACUUCCAAUGGUAGUUGUAAGCUUUGUAAUUGGAUAAUUUAAAUCCUUAUACAGGUGCCGAUUUUUCUUGGAGCACCUUACUAUAAACCCUGCCAAUUGUAUACAGCAACUCAAAUUAUGCUUAAUAGAAAUUUCAUCUGGGU